CUUAUCUUAAACACUCAGGACCCAACUCAUUCAUCUUUCCAUCCACUUGUGGCUUACUGGAAAGUAACUUGUUUGUGUUUGAUCAAUAUUCCAAUUAUCACAGAUCCUGGCAUCCAUAAAAUAUCUUCCAGCCACUACACAGACUCAAAGAUAGGAGAUGGAAAGCUAAUAAAGUCACCAGGGGGACCCUCUAAGCACUUUUUCUUCCACCAACCAAAACCUACAAACAGUUAGUGCUAGGAAUUAUUAUCCAUACUCAGAACAACUAUAAAACUCCAUCCCAAGCCUCAUGGACUCAGUUUCAGUGCUGUAAACCCACCCCAUCCCCAAGCACUGCUGCCAGCAGCAACACCCAUAAUCUAACUUCCAAGCAGCAGCAGAGAGACAUGGGCAGGUCCCCAUGGAGACCGCUCACACCAACAAAGGCGCAUGGACCAGAGAACUGCAUGCAAGCUCAUGGUGAGGGUUGCUGGAGAUCCCUACCUACAGCCGCUGGCCUCCUUCGUUGUGGAAAAAGUUGUCGUCUUCGAUGGAUUAACCAUCCACGCCCAGAUCUCAAGGGCGGAAAUUUUACUGUUGAAGAAGAUGAACUCAUUGUUGAACUGCACAGCCAUCCUUGGCAACAAGUUGUGAUCUGUACCAUGGAAUUUGGUUCUUUGAUUCACGGGGACCAUCAUAUACAAACAACACAUGCCCUGUACUGACACAGAUGCAGAACUGCCAGGGGAAUGGGAGACCUGACAAGGAGUAUGAGAAUUCGCGUUGGAAACCCUCUCAAUGUCAACUUCCACGAUUUGAUGCCAAGAAGUUUUUGGAAUUGAUGAGAGGAAAGACCCUAACUUUCAUUGGCGACUCUGUUGCCCCAAACCAGAUGGAAUCAAUGUUGUGCCUUCUCUGGCUGGCAAAUAUACUUGUUUCCUGUGAUACUGCUCCAUUGGAAAUGUUUUGCCUUGAAAUGUGGGUGUGGGUGUAUCUUGAUUUAGGGAUAUUUUUAUUUAUUUGAACUGAUUUUUGGUGGUAUGACUGAAAAUAUUUCUCUUAGUUUUCAUGGUAAAUGUGGUGUGUAUGGUGGGAAUUUCAACAAUUUCGCACCAUGCCAUUCAGAGAUGUUCCCAUUUGAUAAUCUUUAUGUCCUUUAACAUUAAAAUGCCCUUUUUAA